AUGGUGUUCGCGCGUGGCGAUGUAUCUGGCCAUGAUGAACAGACAAUAGGUAAAUCAGAACAGCACCUGCAACCGAGGUCCAAGAUCUUGACUAACAGCGACAAAGAUCAUCAAGAUCCAAGCAAAGAUAUCAUAUUGGUGUCCUGGGAUGGACCACAAGAUCCCGGAAACCCAUACAACUGGACUCUGUGCGAGAAAUGGCUUCUCACAGUCCUCGCCGUGUUCGCCACCUUCAUGUCCCUGAUUAACGGCACAAUUUUCACAGUAGCCCAUGACCCCAUGAAUGAGCGCUUUAACAUCUCAGACGCCAAUUUCCCUCACUCCUACUGGCCCGUCACAUCAUGGGCCAUUGGCGGCGGCUGUUCCUCCCUGCUGGUCCUCCCGCUCAUGGAGGAUUUUGGUGUGCGAUGGGUGUUUCUGGGCACGUACGUGACUUUCCUCUGUUUUCUCGUGCCCCAGGCCGUGGCUCAGAAUUUCUACACGUUGGUCAUAACGAGAUUCUUUGCCGGGUCAUGCGUCUCCAUUCUCGCUAAUACCUCUGGCACGGUGAUUGGGAAUGUCUGGGACACGGAGCGAAGUCGCAACAUCCCUGUCAGUCUUUUCAUUGUUGCUUACCUGUCGGGUAGUAGCAUUGGACCUGUCAUUGGAGCUGCGAUCUACCAUGCUCUGACGUGGAGGUGGAUUGGAUAUAUCCAGCUCAUGUGGUACGGUGCCUUUUUCCCCCUGUACUUCUUCUUGUUCAAGGAAUGUCGUGGGAUUGCAAUUUUAGGACAGCGGGCUGAGGCUCUACGACGGGAAGGCAAGAAUGCCUAUACCCAGCAUGAAAUCGACACGCAAGGCCAGUCAAUUUUAAGCAUCGUCGGCCACAGCGCCAGCAGGCCUCUUUUCCUGUUCUGCACAGAGUCUGUGGUGUUUGUAUCGACGCUAUGGUCUGCCUUUACCGUCGGGACAUUGUAUCUGUUCACUCAAUCUGUUGAGCAGGUAUUUACAGCGCUGUAUGGUUGGACACCAGCACAGGCUGGAUACGUUCAAGCAGCUGUCGUGAUCGGAGAACUCCUGGGAUGGGUGAUGACCUUGUUCUCAGGCAAAAUUUACUUUGACUCGGCAUCCCGGAACAAGGAAAUCCCCGGAACACCCAUUCCGGAGGCUCGGCUGUACCUCGCUAUUUUGGGCGGUAUAUUCGGUAUCUCGGGUGGUAUGUUCACAUACGCCUGGACGUCAUAUCCUAAUUUUCCGUGGAUCGCACCAGCCGUUGGUCUUGCCAUGGUAGGGGCCGGUAGUGUCAUUGUCGUGACGGGAAUUUCGGACUAUGUGGUCGAUGCGUACAGCAAAUACGCAGGCAGUUGUAUGGGUAUCAUCGCCACCGGUGAGAACACCUUGGCAGCAUUUCUUCCUCUAGCUACUAUGAGUAUGUACUCUCAUCUUGGCCUCAAUUGGGCUAGUACGGUACUAGCCUUCAUUGCGUUGGCUCUAUCUUUUGCCCCGAUAUUGGUGCUUGUUUGGGGCAAAGAUAUCCGAGCACGGAGUCCAUUUAUGAAGGAAGCCAUGAUAGAGAAGAGGAGGAAUAGUAUCGACUCUGUUUGA